UGUCUGUUGCUUUAAUAUAUUUUAACAUAAACACUCUCUCACUAUCUUAUCAGUUUCUUGUUUACUCAGUUUGGAAUGACAGCCAUCCAUUGGGCUGCAGCGUUUAAUCACGUGACCAUUAUAGAGAGACUUUUGUCUUGUUCUGUUCCUGUUGAUAUCAAUGCUAAUGGUGGUUGUACACCAUUGUGGUGGGCUGCCCUUAGUGGUCAUGUGUGUUGUGUUGAUGUUCUCCUAAAACAUGGAGCGAGUCCCCAACAUGAGAGUUGGUGGGGAAGAUCACCACUGGAGAUUGCCAAGCGAAAUGGUGACAGUGAUGUGGUUGAGAUGAUGGAAGAAGCCAUAAGAUUGAGAUCUCAUCCGUAUGUGAAGGGAGAUGUUGCUAUCAUGAGACAUCAAGACCAACAGACAAUUGCUGAACUGCAGAGUGAAGUCGAGAAGAAGACAGAAGAAUUAAGACAAUCAUCCCUGGUCCAUGAGAGCGAGGUGAUAAGGUUGAGGAACGAAAUCCAACAGAAAGAGAAGGAAAUACGACGUCUCAGAAUGUCAGCAGCUGAUAGAGCUGGUGAAGAUCAAGUCUGGUUGUUGUCGCAGCCGUCAGGAGAUGUGAUGGGUGCUGUUGUUAAUCUGGCCUGUGAUCAGUGGAGUGACGUUGGACUUGAGUUGGGAUACGAAAUGUCUCAACUCGAUUCAAUGACACCGUCAAUUCCUUUAUCUUCAGGCAAACUGAAUGCAAUACUGAGAAGAAAGGCUCAUGCUGUCGGUACCAGCAAUGUUGUUGGUAUCAUCUUGUCUGCUUGCCAGCGUAUUCCCUUUCCAAUUUGUGCUACUACAAUAAGAGAUGAGGUGGUUAAACGUCAAGAGAGACUGAGAGCACAGAACGGUGGACAAUAGAAUAAUUGACUUUGUCACUUUGUUGACUGCAUGGCUGAUCAUAUAGUUUAUUGUUGAUCAAGUGAUGUGUUACCUAUUGGUAGGAGGCACAUCUUUUCUGUUUGUAAUGCUACAUGCUUUCUUGCUGCUUUCAUAUGUUAAUGGCAUUAUUGCAAUAGAAUAGAUUAUG